AUGGACACCAAACUGUUAACAAUUCGCACUCUUGUCUCCACCCUCACCUCCCCCUCCGACCAAACCCGACUCGCCUCCCUCCGCCACCUCCACCGCAUCUCCAACCAAGAUCCCACCGCCCGACCCCUCAUCUCCGCCGCCGGCGCUAUCCCCCUCCUCGCCGAAGCCCUCUACUCCCUCUCCCACCCCAUCCAAGAACACGCCGCCGCCACCCUCCUCAACCUCUCAAUCUCCGACCGCCAACCCCUCAUCUCCUCUCCCACCCUCCUCGACGCCCUCUCCCACGUCCUCUCCCGCCACGCCUCCACCUCCUCCCCCGCCGCCGUCCAGUCCUCCGCCGCCACCCUCCACAGCCUUCUCGCCGUCGUCGCCGAAUACCGCCCUGUCGUCGGCGCCAAGCACAACAUCCUUCGCGCCCUCGUUGACAUCAUCGGCGGUCCCAAUUCGCCGACGAGGUCAGUAAAAGAUGCACUCAAGGCGUCCUUCGCCGUGGCACUUCACCCACCGAACCGGACCGACCUGAUCCGGUUCGGCGCGGUACCUGCGAUUUUUAAUCUGAUGGCGAAGGACAAGAAGAGAAAAAGUGGCAUCGUUGAGGAUGCCACUGCAGUAAUUGCACAAAUUGCAGGGUGUGAGGAAAGUGAGGUGGCGUUUCGGAACGUUUUGGGGAUUCCAGUGUUGUUGGGUUUGUUAUGUUUGGAUCAUGAGAAGUGUAGUUUGAGGACCAAAGAGAAUACGGUUUCGGGUUUGUUGAAUUUGGUUAGGUACGGAGGAGAGAGUGUUAUUGGGGAGGUUAGAGAAAGAGUUGAGGCGUUGGAUUGGAUCGUGUAUGUGCAAGAACAUGGUAGCGCCAAAGGGAAGAGUAAAGCCGUGGCGUUGUUGAAGAUAUUGCUUGAUGGCGGAAGCAAUGAUAAAAUUGUUGAAGAUUUGUAUCCUGUUGAAUCAAACUUGUAA